AGGCAGCGUGAAGGGCUUCUUACCGUUUAUAGGGAUAACAGGUCGCUUUCUGUGGCGGACAGUAAACAAGAAAAAAAGCCGCUCAUUAUCCUUCGCGCUCUCAUCUCCGCAGACAGAAGUAUUUGGUUAUUUGUUGUGGAAAGAGACCUUCGUCCAACGCACCCACAGACGUACGCGUAGAGAAUGGAAGCCCUCUCAACGGGCUUCUGUGGCGCUGCUCUCACGCAGUCUCUCGCGUUAGAAGAGAUAGAGGAAUGGCAGCGGCAGUGGCCUCAGCCAACUCUGCAGGUUGUGGAUGUUCAACGUUACCCUCGCUGCCCCACCACGGAAUUGGAGCCCUGCCGUUUCUACGUCGCCGCCUCGGACGGUCAGUCUCUUGUGUGGCUGGUAGUGCCGCCCCAAACACCUCUCGAAGAAGCCAUUGCGGGCUUUGAGUUGGAAGUCGGCUGCUGCAUGACGCUGCUGUCGCACACACUGGUGACGGCGGCGAACGGGUUGAAUGUGGUCGUCCCACUGCAAGUAAAGUACUCGUCGAACACGCUGCGGCUGUUGGGACGGCCGACCUGCCCUGACCAACUUUUCCCUCUAUCGGCCAAUUCCCUCGUGCAGCGCGCGACGGAAGGCGAAGGGACAGGCGUCGUCGGCACGGGCGCCAGCACCGCAGCGGUCCGGCGCCCGUCGCAUCGCAUUGCCGUGCGUGACUUUGUCGACAACCCCGAGAGGGCACUGGGAAACUGGUUUAUCGCUGUGCGGGUGGUCUGGCGAGGGCGGGAGUAUCAGAUGAACUCGCCGUCUCGCACCUUCGGUUCCCACUCUGUCCGAGCCGACACGCCGCGCUUUGUCUUUCGCUGCCUCCUCGUCGAUGAACGCGGCGACGGCAUCGUGGCGGCCUUUUUUGGUAGUGCCGCGCUGAUGGAUCGAGUCCAGCUACAUGAUUGUCUGAUGCUGGCACAAGGCACCGUAAAGUGGGCUGUCAGCGAGGUCGCAGCGCCGGUUGAGUUGCAGUUUGGCGAGAAGUCCAUCGAGACGUUGCUUGAUGCAGAGAGUGUCCAGCACACGUUCCCUCUCUACGCCGCCGCCCUGGUCGGCGAAGUGGCGGAAGACCUACGCUCCGUUGCGGCGGUGCUGUCGGAUGCGCAAGUUGGCGACUAUACCUCCGUUGUCGGUCUUGUGGUGGCAGUGCAAGGCAGCACGCAGAUUACCACCAAACGUGGGCGUGUGUGGCGGUCUGUGGUGACGCUCGCCGAUGAUACCGGUCCCGGCAACCACUGCUACAUGGAAGUGACGCUCUGGGGCGACACUGCUGAGUUGACUGAGCCAUCUGUAGGAGAGCACUGGGUGUUUCACUCCUGUGCGGUUCAGCUCUUUCAGCAACGCAAGACGCUGUCGAGCCGAGCAUCUACUAUGGCGGUGCAACUGCGUCCACUGCAACUCCCUCUCGACUCCUCUGCCGCUGCUCUUCCACGUGAAUGUGUGUCUGUCACCGCCGCAGCAGCAGAGACGUCUCCGCCAGCGGUCACAGCCAACGAGUCCGGGGCAGCAAGCACAGACCCUUUUCCUGCGACACCAAAACCGAGGUCGUUGCAGUUUGUAUUUAACUUUCACGAAGCCUCUCCAACGCUGCCGGUGCUGGCGCGCGUGCAGGAAGUUCUUUCGCCGCUGCUCACCUGGACGUGUGUUGCCUGUCACAGCAUUGUGAACAUUGGGUCGUGCGAUGCGUACGCAGACGCUAUUCCGGAUCGUUGCGGCGUGUGUGGUGGAGAAGAGCUCUUCCCCUCCUGUCACCUGAACAUACGGAUGAGCGACUGCCUUUCCAUCGCAGCCGUGACACUGCACGGCUCAACAGCGGAGACGCUGUUAGCGGCAACCGCGUUGGAUCUGGCCCGCACGUUGCAGCGAAGGCCAGCAGCGGGCCGUGAGUUUCGCGCCGGCCUCGUUGGUGUGCCGGUGCUAUUGUGGCUGCUUGUGGAAGCGACGGAGGAGGGCGACACAAAUCACUACGUCGCUGCAGCAUGCAAGCACAUUCACUGCGUCUCUGGCUGCCACACGCUCCUGUCCGCGAUUGACGCUUUCACCGGUGACUUGGCCAACGGGAACGACGAAGUGCCUUUGGAACGUUGA